CUGAAGAGAUAAAACAGAAAAAAGAGGCUGCAGCUCAGAAAAAAGAAGCGGCAGCCCAAAAAAAAGAAGCGGCAGCCCAAAAAAAAGAGGCAUUGGCUAAAAAAAGGGAAGCAAUCGCUCAAAAAAAAAGGCAGCAUAACGACUAA